AUGUUCCGCAAAUUCUACAAAGAUACCGAACACAAAUGCGACAAAUGCAAGCAGCACGUGGUGUUGGCCGUCUGCUCGCAGUAUCUGACUUCCAGUCCGGGGAAUCUGGUGGAAGAGGAGCUUUUUGAUGACAUUCUGAACACGGGAUUUUCUGUCGUCAAGGUAGGACUGGAACUAUUUUUUCGUAUUUUCAUAAAGUGCAUGGACAUUUUUUUACUUUCGCAUAGUGCAUUUUGAAUUUUUUCCCACGCUUGUCGUCAAUGCACAGUGCAUUUUUUUCUCUUUUCGCACAGUGCAGAAAUCAAAAAAUCCGUUUGCACUGUGCAUUUUAUUGUUUUUCCACGCUUGUCGCCAAUGCACAGUGCAUCUUCAACUUUUUUUCGCACAGUGCAAACCUCAAAAAAAAACGUUGCACUGUGCAUCUUGAAUUUUUUCCCAGGUUAUCGCCAACGCACAGUGCAUCUUCAACUUUUUCCCACGCUUGUCGCCAACGCACAGUGCGUUUCCCUUUUUUCGCACAGUGCAAACCUCAAAAAAGCCGUUUGCACUGUGCAUUUUGAACUUUUUCCAAGGCUUAUCGCCAACGCACAGUGCAAAAGCAAAAAAAAGUUGAAAUGCACAGUGCAAAAUGGGGUGUUUUGUGCACGGUGCGGGACGCAAAAAAAAUGGUUAUGCACUUUAUAAAAAUAAAUACUAUAGUCUGUCGGGAAAAUAAUGUGGAUUCAUCGCGGCUUGGACCCACCCAUUGCUUUGAGGCAGCCAGCCUCAGCUGGGGGGUUUGGUUCGCGACAGCGACGACGCGAUCCACUUUUCUGCGACAAAUCCACAUUCUUUUCCAGACAUACCGGUAAUAUGACAUCAUGUAUAACAUUAUGACAUAUGCACAUCGAGAUUUGCCGCUUUAGCAAAAACGCGUCCGCCUCGACGACAUUACGGUGGACGACUGGCUUUCCAGCCGGGUUCCCGCCGACUUUGCCGCUCAAUUUGCCAACGGAACGUCGCUGAUUUUACUGCUAAACAGGAGGAAUUCGAUUGAAGCGGGAAGGGAAAUGGCCAAAUUCCAUAAUUUGGUCUGUAAAAAGUAAGCGUUUGCAUUGAAAUGGUUACUUUUUUACAGCAAAAUCAAUAGGCCCGGCGUUUACGCGAGCGCCAAUAUCAUCGACGCUCAAAGAGACAUUCGUCUGCUCUUCCCCGAGGUCAAAAUCACGGCCGAUGACUUGAGUGCGGCUCGGGAAUACGCCCAUUCACAUAUCGUUACACCUCUGACAAAUGUGAGUCCUCGUUUUUGAUAAAUUUUGGUCUGAAAUCACGUGAUUACGGUUGAUUUUCAGGAACUAGCAGCCAUGCGGAUCCUAUCCUCAAAAUCGGAGCUCAGCCAGUCCACUAUAAAAGAGACGUUUGGCCGAAAUUAUUGUCCAUAA